CCUUUUUCUUUAAAUUCGUAUGUUGAGGUUUGAAAAGUUUUAUUUUUUUUAUGAAACUGCCCGGUUAUCAAUCUAUGAAGUAGUUUCCCACACCAUUUUGAAAAAUGUUGGUGUUGUUUGAAACGCCGGCGGGCUAUGCGAUUUUUAAACUCCUCGAUGAGAAAAAGCUAGAAAAAAUAGAUAGUUUGUAUCAAUCUUUCAAUUCACCAGAAGCCGCUAACCAAAUUGUCAAAUUAAAACAUUUUGAAAAGUUUGCUGAUACAACUGAAGCUUUAGCUGCCACCACUGCCGCCGUAGAAGGAAAACUAUCAAAGAGCCUCAAGAAACUGCUUAAGAAGUAUGUAAGUGACGAAUUGCAGGAAAAACUCCUUGUGGCAGAUGCGAAGUUAGGGUCAGCCAUAAAGGAGAAAACAAACUUGCAAUGCCUUUCAAACAACUCAGUUCAGGAAUUGAUGAGAUGCAUCCGUUCGCAACUCAACAACCUCAUGUCUGGUUUUCCAGAAAAAGAAAUGACCGCAAUGGCUUUGGGUCUAGCUCAUUCUUUGUCACGGUACAAAUUAAAGUUCUCUCCAGAUAAGGUUGACACUAUGAUAGUGCAAGCUGUGUCACUUCUGGACGACUUGGAUAAGGAGCUGAAUAAUUAUGUAAUGAGAUGCCGGGAAUGGUACGGUUGGCAUUUCCCUGAAUUAGGGAAGCUCAUAACUGACAACAUAACCUUUGCUAAAGUGGUAAAAAUUAUUGGUAUGAGGGAACAAGCUUCGUCGUCUGAUCUGUCAGACAUUUUGCCUGAAGAAGUGGAAGAAAAAGUGAAGGAAGCAGCUGAAAUUUCAAUGGGCACAGAAAUAUCAGACGAAGACAUUUUCCAUAUAAUAAAUUUGUGCGACCAGAUCAUCGAUAUGACUAACUACAGGACGCAGCUUUAUGACUAUCUCAAGAGUCGUAUGAUGACUAUCGCGCCCAAUUUGACAGUUUUGGUCGGCGACUUGGUCGGUGCCAGAUUAAUUUCACAUGCAGGGUCAUUGAUUAAUUUGGCUAAGCACCCGGCGUCCACAGUUCAAAUUUUGGGAGCCGAAAAAGCAUUGUUCAGAGCUCUGAAAACCAAGAAGGAUACUCCCAAGUACGGUUUGAUCUACCAUGCACAGUUGAUCGGGCAAAGCAGCACAAAAAAUAAAGGGAAAAUGGCGAGAAUGUUGGCGGCGAAAGCAGCGCUAGCGACGCGGGUGGACGCCCUCGGCGACGACGAAAAAAGCUUCAAUUUAGGCGCUGAACACAAGGUAAAACUUGAAGCCCGGCUAAGGAUAUUGGAGGAGGGCAAUAUUAGAAGAAUCAGUGGGACAGGUAAGGCGAAGGCGAAGUUUGAAAAAUACCAAGGUGUAAGCGAAAUCAAGCAAUAUCCGGAUGCCGCCGACUCCACUCUACCCUCAACAAGCAAGAGGAAGCGGUCUGAGUCCGAAGGCCAGUCGGCCACUCUAAAACUAGAGGAAGAAGAAGCGGUCGUAAAACAGGAGGGCUCGGAAAAGAAAAAGAAGAAGAAAAAACCAGAGGUUAAGGAGGAACUACCAGCUGAAACUGUGGAAAGCGAGGGCGCAGUCGAUGAACAGACGCCUAAAAAGAAGAAGAAAAAGAUAAAACAGGAGGUCCAGGAAGUCGAAGAAGUGAAAGAGGAGGUUGAAGAGCCUACGCCCGAGAAAAAGAAGAAGAAGAAACGGGCUAAGCAGGAAGUCGAUGUGCAGGCGGCUGAGGAGGCCACUGAAGCGCAAACCUCUGAAGUUGUAGAAAAAAAGAAAAAGAAGAAGAAGAAAAAUUCGGAUAAUGACGCCAAUUAAGAAAAUGAUUUGAAAUAUAUCCAGUAAAGGUCUACUUUAUAAAUAUAUGAUUAAAAAGAUGA